AUGAUUCCCUCAUCUGGGGACACCUGUUUGGCAACAAUGGCAGUAUACAGACCGGGAUAUCUCCUGCUAGGAGGGGAUACACCGCAAUCACCUCUUAAACUUCAGGCCCUGGAUAGUCACGAUUCGGUUUAUUUAAAAAGUUCUCACCUUACGCAGCGCAAAGAACAGGCCCUCUUCAACCACAGUUUGGUGAAAUCAAAUGGAAGUGACAUUUCCGUAAGAAGCAUCAAGCCCGCCAUUCCAUCAGCAAAUUCUAGGCAGGUCAAGAAAAAACCUGCUAUUCUAUUUCACUCCAGAAGAAUUCAGCAAGAGGCGGAAGUGUGUCCCUUCAUUCCACUGAUACAAAACUUACCCGUUGUUGAACAGGAGGUUAUUGUCAUUGAAGAUAAGACUACUCAUACAGGCGGUAAAACCGCUUCCGAACAACACGUAGAAGCAGUUGGCACUGCGAUUCGAAGUGUUUCCCAAAAGUCCUCUACGUCGAACUGUCUUGAGAAACGCAUCUUUGACCACUACCAAAGGCGUGAAGGUAGCGUCUGCGACCCGAUGACCAAGACGAGUUUACUAAAAGAUCAGGUGCGUUCAAAGGGAUGCAGAGCGAUUCAGGUGUCCACGUCUAGCUCAGGUAGUGGGUGGGUGUGUGAUCUGAAUACUACAUGUCGGACACCAGAAAAUACGAUUAGAUCGGGUCACUAUCACGAGUGUACGGUUAUUGAUAAUAAAGACACUGAUACGGUGGUACCAGAACAAGAUAUUUCUUCGGAGCUGUCUCUUCAAUCACACCAAAAGCAUUGCCAACAUUGCGAUUGGGGGUGCAGAGCCUCAGAAAGCGCUGAUACUCAACCUCCAUCAAUUACUUACGUCUCACAAAAGAAAGAAUUUGCCAAAACCUCAUGCACAGUGGAUCUGAUCAAUGCAGACUUAAACUUCGCUAAUGGAAAGGUACAAGAAGCACCCGCUGGGGAGAUCCUUGCAUCGGAGGAGUCGCCGGUCGGUCUCUCAGAGGCCUUUAUGAACGCACUCCUUCGGGUGCAUGAAAAGCCCUUUUUGGAUGGAAUUUUGGGCCGAAUUGAACAAAUAAGAUUCCAUUGA